GAGAGGCUGAUGCGGCCGCCAAGGGAGAGGAUAGUGGUUAAAGCUCGAGCUGGAUGGAUGGGUAUGGGGAGAGGGGCAGGAUCCACAGCCCUGGGACUUUUCCAAAUCCUCCCUGUCUUUCUCUGCAUCUUCCCUUCAGUGACAUCUCCAUGCAAGAUCCUCAAGUGCAACUCUGAGUUCUGGGCGGCCACGUCGGGCUCGCACCACCUGGGCGCGGAGGAGGCGCCGGAGUUCUGCACGGCGCUGCGCGCCUACGCGCACUGCACGCGCCGCACCGCCCGCACCUGCAGGGGAGACCUGGCCUACCACUCCGCCGUGCAUGGCAUAGACGAUCUCAUGGUGCAGCACAACUGCUCCAAGGAUGGCCCCACGUCCCAGCCCCGCCUCCGGACGUUGCCCCCCGGGGACAGCCAGGAGCGCUCUGACAGCCCCGAGAUCUGCCACUAUGAGAAGAGCUUUCACAAGCACUCGGCCGCCCCCAACUACACCCACUGUGGGCUCUUUGGGGACCCCCACCUCAGGACUUUCACGGACACUUUCCAGACCUGCAAGGUGCAGGGGGCUUGGCCGCUCAUAGACAAUAACUACCUGAACGUGCAGGUCACCAACACGCCGGUGCUGCCUGGCUCCUCGGCCACUGCCACCAGCAAGCUCACCAUCAUCUUCAAGAGCUUCCAGGAGUGCGUGGAUCAGAAAGUGUACCAGGCAGAGAUGGACGAGCUCCCCGCUGCCUUUGUGGACGGCUCCAAGAACGGAGGGGACAAGCACGGAGCCAACAGCCUGAAGAUCACAGAGAAGGUGUCGGGCCAGCACAUCGAGAUCCAGGCCAAGUACAUCGGCACCACCAUCGUGGUGAGGCAGGUGGGCCGGUACCUCACCUUCGCCGUGCGCAUGCCGGAGGAGGUGGUCAACGCCGUGGAGGACCGGGACAGUCAGGGCCUCUACCUGUGCCUCCGUGGUUGUCCACUCAACCAACAGAUUGACUUCCAGACCAUCCGCUUGGCUCAGGCCACGGAGGGUCGUGCCCGGAGGAAGGGGCCCAGCCUGCCAACGCCCCCCGAGGCCUUCACCUACGAAACGGCCACGGCCAAGUGCAGGGAAAAGCUGCCCGUGGAGGACCUCUACUUCCAGUCCUGUGUCUUUGACCUCCUCACCACAGGGGAUGUGAACUUCAUGCUGGCUGCUUACUAUGCCUUUGAGGACGUGAAGAUGCUUCACUCCAACAAAGACAAGCUGCACCUCUAUGAAAGGACACGGGUCCUGACCCCGGGCAACACGGCUCCCACAGGAACGCAUUCCACCCUCUGGGUAGCACUGCUGUGUUUGUGUUGGUUGUCCUUGUUAUAG